AACUGUGCAUUUACAGCGCUAGGACGCGUUCGAACAGUAGACUCUGUUUAAACCGUUUUUCCAGUAGUAAGAGAAAACUGUCAUUAACAUAUAAGAUUUAAGUAAAUAGUUAUACUCUUUACAUUUAAUCAGUUCUACAGACUGAAAAUAGUUACCACCAACCAAAUCCUAUUUUCUUGUGUUUAUUAAAUUAUUUCUUACAUGCUGCCGGCAUUUUUCAAUAAAUGAAAAAUGCUCUAAAAACAGUAAAAGUAAACUAGGAAUUGCAAUUAUUCCACCAAGAACUUUCGUAAAUACAUCUUUUUUCGAUCUUCAUGUGCUGUGCUAAGUGAAAAUUCAAAUUUAGCUUACUUUCGUAAUUGAGUAUUUUGAAAAGAAUAUUUCUAUUCAUUUUUGUGUGUUAAACCAUUAAAAGAAAUAAAUUUUAUCCUGCUUUAAUAUCUUCGCACAAUGUCAUCUACUGCUAUUAUAUUACCCUCUAUAAACAGAGGGAUUUAUCGAACUGUAACUCAAAGUUUUUCUGGAUUAUUUGCAUAUGCCUCUCGUAACGACGUUUAUUUUAUCGACACUAAAACUAUUCCUCCCACAUUCUUAGAUUCUCUUUAUCUUCAGGAUAUUCACAGAAGCAAAAUUGUCGUUAUAUCAUUUUCUAAAUGUGAGGGGGGACCAGAUAUUCUUGCCACCUGUUGUGAAGAUGGAGAACUUAAAGUUUGGGAUGUUAUAAAGAAGUCUUGUUUAACGAAAGUUGAAACAAAAGGAACAAAUGUUCUCGAAUGGGUUUAUGGUAGCCCCGAUACUCUACUCUUUUCACGUGAUGGGAACUUUCUCAUAAAAUGCAUAGUGACACGGAGCUCUCAUAUAAAGAUUAGGACUGCUUCUGAAUUUAAUAUCAGUGUGAUUUGUGCAAGUCGUACCAAUCCAGAAUAUGUUGCAGCAGGGCACUAUAAUGGUGUUAUAUCUGUUAUCAAUAUUGUUCAAGAAAAUUUAGUUCACAAGCUCAAAGCCCAUCAUGCUGAAAUUACAGAUAUUUCUUGGAGCCAUGAUUUUUCUGACAUGUUGCUAUCAUUCAGCUUGGAUCUGUCUGUGCGUUUGUGGAAAUUAGGAGAAAAUUCACCCCAAAAUACUUAUUAUGCUCCUCAUACAAAAUCAAGGAAUGAUGAUAAAAAAACCCAAAGACUGUUUGGGAUGUUCCAUCCUUCUAAACCAGAUGUCAUUAUAUGUGUUAAUACCAAGGGAGAGGUUGGAGAAAUCUCAAUGAAAUCUGAAAACUCCAAAUUUGUUUCAUACUUGAUGAAAAAUUCUGAAAAUAAUAUAAGGUAUCCUAUUGCUCUGUUCCUCUCUUCUAACAGAGAAUAUUUAUAUUGCUGGGAUUCAUUUAAGGUUACUAAACUUGAUAUUCUAAAAAAGGAAUUGGUAACCAAUUUUUUAUUUGUAAUGGGAUUUGUUUAUGAUCUAUCAGUUUCCAGAAUUAAUCCAAAUUUGCUCUCAAUCAGCAAUGGAGAUGGCAUUUUAAAAGUUUAUGAUGGAUGUUCCCAGUCAAAUAGAUUGAAUGUUACUUCAAUAUAUAUUUACUUCAAAACUAAAAUAAUGACAGCUGCAUGGCAUCCCCGAUCAGAGAAUAUUCUUGCUUAUGCUACAGAUGAAGGAAGAGUAGGAAUUGUAGAUACUUUUAGGAAAAAACUUUUGUAUAGCUUUGAAACUCAUCAUACUGGUACAGUGUACAGUUUGGUUUGGGGACCCUGUGCUAAGGCUACUAAUUCAGAACCUGGUGAACUUUAUUUAUAUUCCUGUGGUGGUGGUACCGUCUAUGUGAACAAAGAACAUAAUCCUAAGACCAAAGCAUUGGAUUUUGAUGAACUUACAGAAAAAGCCCUUGAAUAUCAUGAUUCAAAUCAUAGCUAUUCUGAAAUUUGUUGGAAUUUCGACUAUACCCUAUUCUGUGUUGGAAGUUACAAAGGGUUAGUUGAAUUAUAUGAUGCCAGUCUGAAUUUUCUUGGAAGACUGAUUGUACCGAUGAAAUCUGUAGAAUCUCUUCGUUGGCAUCCCGAAACGACUUAUAUGUCACCUGCUGGAUCACCUUUAAAAUCAUGGUUGGCUUGUGCUGGAAGUGAUAACGAAAUCUACAUUUUUGAUACAGCUAUGAUAUUGGCAGGUACCAAGCCUGAAGUCUUUAUGCUUAGGCCCAUCAAAAAAUUGGUGGGUCAUAAUAAACGUGUUGUAUCUCUUUCAUGGAGUGAGCAUAGUGAUGGUUUUCUUGCUUCUGCUUCUAAAGAUGGCUCAGCAAUGGUUUGGAAUGUGGUAACUCAAACAUGUAUUGCAACUUUUUUGUCUCACUUUGAUGUUGUUUUGGCUGUUCAGUGGAGUGUGACAGAUAAAGAUGUUAUUUACAGUGGUGGGCAGGGGGGAGCUGUAAAGUCAUGGAAAAUAUCUGAACAAACCCCGAAACCUGCACCAGAUAAAGGUCGUAUUAGAAAAAAACUGAAGAGACCCAAAAAAACUGAACAUAGAAAUUCCACUGAUACCACAGAAACUGAGAGCUCUUUGCCGGUGCUGUCAGAAAAGAGUACCAUUUCAUCUGAAGAUGUAAAUAGCAAUUUAAAUGUGCAGCAUACUGUUAAUGGAAACAAUUCUUCAAAAAAAGUAAUUGAGAAAGGAGUAGAAGAAGUCUUUGGCAGUGAAGAAGUUGAGCCAAAAAAGUUUAAAGUUGGAUUUGGAAAGAAAUCAGUUUUAUUUCCUACUCAUGUGUUUGAAGAAAAGGCUUUCUGUAGUGAAGAUAUGGAAAACUGCCAAAAACUUGCCGAAAUUUUAAGUGCAAAACAGAAGAAAACACCCUGUUUUGAUCUUAGUUUUGACUCAAUGAAAAAGAAUGUUCUAAAUGAUGAUGAAGUUGUGAAGUUUGGUCUGUAUACUGAUCAAUUGACUGCGCUUCGAUUGUUAGAUGUGCAAAGUGAAAAGUUUUUAUCAAAUGAUAAAUUAGCAGCUGCCUGUGAUGUUGCUGUGUUUUCUGGGAAUAUUAAGCAAAUGUUGCAAGAUGCUGCAGAAAAGAAAAAGUUAAAUGUUUCUCUUGUUUCUUUAGCACCUGCAGUUUCACAUAGCUUUUGGCUUGAAAUUUGUGAAAAGUUUGCUAUUCAACUUAUAGAUACACAAAGUUAUUUCAAAGCUGCUCAGUAUUACCUCAUAUGUGGAAAUAUUCAUGCUGCUGUAGAUAUCUUAGCUAAUAGAGGAAAUAUUUUGGAUGCAAUUACUUUAGCUAAAGCUCGUUUGCCAGAAAAUGAUCCAAUCAUUCCAAAACUUCUCAUCUUAUUAAGAAAGAAAUAUGAAACAGCUAAGUGCUCAGCUGCUGUGAUACAAUGUGAACUUGCUUUAAAUGAACCUUUAAAAGCUGCUAAACUGUUAGCAACUACUUUGGAUCCUCAGGCAAUUAGAGCAGCUGUUUAUAUUUGUCAACAAUUUGAACUAAAUGUGCAAGCUACUGAAUAUUUAUUUUUAUUCUUGGAAACUUGCCUUGUGAAGUAUAAUUAUAAAGCUUUUGAAGCUUUUGCUGAAAAAGAACCAUUCCUUCAAAUUUAUGAAGCACUUGUGUGUGUCCAUGAGCUGCUUCAUGAUCAAGUUCGUCAUUUGAGAAAUAGAGAUGGAUUGGUCUUACAAAGUAUAUUCAACAGCCAAAAGAUUGGCCCUCAAGUCAAAAUUUGGAGUGGUGCCUCAGACAAAGGUGUAAAUCAACCAUUUAUUAAUGUUUUACAUACUAUUUUGCUAUCAAGAAACAUUUUGUCUGGAGAAAAAUCUCCACUUGCAGAUAUAUUAAAUGCUUUGCGAAUCCUAGAGGAGAGAAGAAAGAGUUUAGAAGUAUCUUCAGAAGCUCACAUUCCAGUAUCUAUUUUUCUCACAGAAUACAUUCUUCAGUCACAGAUGAACAAAGAUUCUGUCGAGCAUGAUUUACUAAACAUUUUUCAAACCUCCCAUAACAUAUCUUCUUUACCUAGAAUAUUAUGUUUGCUUUUCUUUCCCUUAAAUAUCUAUUGGAUCACAGAAGACAAAGGUUUCUACUGUGAGUUACAGUCCUCUAUGAGUCUGAAUACAGAUAACUUUAAAAGCUAUUUCCUUGUCUGUCAGUCAAUAGCAGAGAAGAUUCAAAGUUUUAAAUUUGCAGCACAGGAAUCCUUAUUUACCAAGGAAGAUCUGCAAAAUAAUAUAUCUAUGACUGCUUUAAAAAUGAAACAGCUUUUACUAUCAAAGGCAACUGAUGAACUUUUAUUGCUGUAUUUUGUUGCUAAUCUUACUGAUGAACUUCUGAAGAACAUUGUUAAAAAGAAAGAACUUCUGUUGGAUUGCAUUAUGAAUGCUUUAAAUGAAACUGGUGAAAAUUAUGCAACUAUUGCAAAUGUGACAAAAUCUGUUAAUGAUAGUCAUGUCGAACACAGCGGGGUAAGUGAAAUUAAAAAUUCAGAAUUAACGAGUGAUCUCAAUAAAAAAGUUGAUCUAGAACUUCCCAUUAAUUUAAUUGCAAAAGAAAAUGCUAAAAAUACAUCUAGUGAUACAGAUUAUAGUGAAACACCAAUUAAGGAUAAGAAAAAUGAUGCCAAAGAUAAUGAUGAUCGUCUCACACCAGGUGACGCUCCUAUUAUUGAAAAUGCUAGUCAUGCUACUGAACCAAAUGCAUCUUUAUCACUGGAUAUUCAAAAUAAUUUCAGUUCUGCGGAAUGUCAAGUGUCUCAUAUUUGUGAAAAUAAUACUGAAAACGUCCAUGACACUAACGAGGACAAUGCCUCUUCAAAAGACUUAAACGAGCCUGAAAAUAUGACUCAAAGCCAGAAAGAUGAUUUACUUUGUGAAGAUGUUCAAGAAAAUGUAGAAGACAAUAUAAUUAAAAAUGAUCUUAUAGAUGUGAAUGAUCUUCAGUUGCAAGAGUUAAUUCAAUCAGUUAUAGAAGAGGCAGAUUUAAAAGCACAAUCUAUAAUAGAAAAUAACAAAAAAUCCAGCUAUAUAGCAGAAAGCAGUGAAUGUAUUUCUGAAGUUUGCAUAGAUAGUGAAGAAAAGAAUUUUUCUCUGAAUCUAGUUAACGAAACCAGCAACUAUUCCACAAAAAACAGUUCUAAGAUAAAAGAUAUGCCGAACGAUAGUACAAAAUCAUCCGACUGUGCAAUAAAAACGAGUUCGGAGUCUGGUCCCUCGAAACCAAUGUUUGAUCAAGAAAAUGAAGAGAGGCAACAUGAACUAUGCUUAACAAAAAUAGAUUCGUUUUGCGGUGUUAUAUCAUUAAUAUCACAAACUGUUUGUAAAGAUGAAUUCGCUUUACUUUACUAUCUUAAAGAACGUUUAAAUUAUUUGAAUAAUAUCAUGUCCGCAACAGUACUAAGUGAAAUGUCUAAAGAAUUCUCAAAAAAUAAAGGAAAAUCCAACAAGAACUCUAAAAAGAGAAAGAAAAAGCAGCAGCAACCCUCAACGGAGGUCUCUCUUACUAGUGAUAGCAGUUGUGCAAAUGAAAUUUCUGAUCAAACUAAAAAGGUUGAUCAAAAUCUCCCAACAGAGAUAUCUUCUAUCAGUGAUACAGAAACAAUUUUGCAAAAUAACACGGCUAAUGAAGAGUGCUCUGAAAAAGAAACUCUUAUUGAUGGCCCUGAUGAUGUAAGUUCCGUUGUGUCGUCUGAUAGUAAUUCCAAUGAUAUUAAAUCCAAUGAAACAAAUAAUUCACAACAGAAUGAUGUUAUAGAAGGAGAAAAGGACACACGUGUCAUUAAUUGUAACGAAGAUUGUAGUAAAACAUUGGACACAACUGUUGAUGGAAAUUGUGCAGAUAAUAGCCAUGCAUCUUCUGAAAAUAUCAGGAAUACUAAAGAUGGAUCCCAAAAGAAAAGAACAGAAACUCUGAAGCAAGAACAUAAAAUGAUUUCAGAUGCACUAGUAGUUCUUGAAGAAAAUGCUAUGUGUUGCCUUUAUCCAAAUCCUUUUGAUAUUUUGUUGAAGCUUAGUGAUGCUAUACAUCAAGUCGUAUACAAAUCAGAGUGCCAUGCAGUUCGAAAUAAACUGCACAGCUUCCUUCAUAGCAUCAUCGAUUGGGAAGAAAAAUUCUCUUAUGGUGAGAUCAAGUAUGUGUGUAAAAUUUGUAAGGUACCUAAAUAAAAUUUGUGAUACAUUGUUUUCUAAAUAAAUUAAUCCAAUCAUUUAAUAAAAAAAGGUCAUUGA